AUGGAAACUCCAUACCCAAACCUCAUCACUCCCUCAACGACUCGUAUCGGAUGGAUCGGCAUCGGAAUCAUGGGAUCCGCCAUGGUCUCACACAUCCUUGCCGCAGGCUACUCCGUCACCAUCUACGCACGCGACGUCACCAAGUCAACGGACCUUCAAACGAAAGGCGCCCGCACUGCCACCACCCCGAGAGAGCUAGCCGAGAAGAGCGACGUCGUUUUCACGAUGGUCGGAAAUGCCAACGACGUCAGAUCCCUCCUCCUCGGUCCCGACGGCAUCCUCUCCAGCCUCAGACCCGGAGGAGUAACCGUCGACAUGACCAGCAGCCAGUCUGCGCUUGCGCGUGAAAUUCACGCGCAAGCCAGGCGGAGAGAUUGCUGGGCGGUUGAUGCUCCUGUGUCGGGAGGUGAUGCGGGAGCUAGGGAAGGGACGUUAGCGAUUUUCGCGGGAGGAGAUUUGGAGGUUGUGAAGUUGUUGGAUCCGGUGAUGAAGUGUAUGGGAACGGUUAAGUAUAUGGGAGGACCGGGGAGUGGGCAGAGGUGUAAGAUCGGGAACCAGAUAUGCGCUGGGAGUAACUUGGUGGGGCUUGCAGAAGGGAUGGUGUUUGCGGAGAAGGCUGGUUUGGAUCCGAAGAAAUGGUUAGAGGCAGUUAAGGAUGGUGCGGCGGGGUCGGCGGUUAUGAGGCUUUUUGGGGAGAUGAUGGCGGUGAGGGAGUAUAAGGCGACGGGGUUUGCGGAGUAUAUUGUGAAAGAUUUGGGGAUGGCGGAGGAGGGUGGUGACGUGGCGGCGAUGCCUGGGGCUGGUUUGAGUAAGCAGUUGUUUUCUGCGAUGGUGGCGAAUGGUGAUGGUAAGUUGGGGAUUCAAGGGGUCGUUUCAGUUAUUAGGAGACUUAACGGCAUGUCCUGA